CUAAUGAGAAAACUUACGACGUAUCCGUCGCACUCCACAACGUCACCGUCGUCAUCAUCCUCAUCCUCGAAACAGGUGUACCAGCACAGAGCUUUGGAGCAAAUCGGGAAUGAGUUGCUGCAAGAAUGCAAAGCCUGUACCGAAAAUGCACGCCUCUCGAAAGGGCUUCGCGAGCAACUGGAGCGACUUCCGCGGAAGAUGCGAAAGGAGGUUGUGAAACGUGUGAGCGAUGGUUGCUCGCCACUGUUUAUUGCCUGCCGCCGAGGCAAUGUAUACAUCACGGAGUACUUGAUAACGAUGUGCGAAGCGGACAGCGAGCAGAGAGGGAUGUUCGAAGUUCCGGAGGAUCGCUCUGUUCACCACGUAACACCGCUCUGGUGUGCUUGCGUAUCCGGCAAGCUUCCGGUGGUGAAAUGUCUCGUUCGUCUUGGUUCCAACAUUAAUGCGCUUUCCGAUACUGGAUCGACACCAUUACGUAGCGCUUGCUUCAUGACACACAUUGACAUCGUUCAAUUUUUAGUCGAACACGGCGCAGACAUCAAGAAACCCAACUACAACGGGGGAACGUGUCUGAUCAAUUCCGUACAGUCGGUCACACUCUGCACCUACCUCAUCAGUAAAGGGGCGGACGUGAAUGCGCGCGAUAUUCAGAACAAAACGGCCCUACAUUACGCCAUCCAGGAGCAUAGGCUGGAAACGGCUCAGCUGCUGCUGGAGCACGGUGCAGAUCCAUUCGCCAAAUCGCACUACGGUGACGAUGCGCUGCAGACGGCCUGUCUCAAAGGAGCCUACCACAUAUUCGAUUAUUUGAAAAAGCGCAUCAACUACUCCGCCGAACGGUUGGCCGAUGCACACGAACUAUUCGGAUCGACGCUGAUCGACGAUCUGAACGUAACACGUGGUGCCAUCCUGCACUGGCGCUUGGCACAUCAGAUUCGCUUGCGGGAAGCCGAAUACAUACCGAAGAAACCCACCAUUGAGCCGCGGGCGGCCUAUGGGUAUGCGACCGAGUUUACCACCAUUCCCGAGCUGGAUAAUAUUGCUGCCGAUAUGGAUGCGAUGCGGGUGCAAAGUUUGCUCAUUUACGAGCGAAUUCUCGGUAUCGAACACCGGGACACACUGUUCCGGUUAAUGUUCCGAGGGGCCUCGUAUGCCGAUGCGCAUCGGUUCCAGCGUUGCAUCGAUUUGUGGUUGCUUGCACUGCAGGUACGGGUGCAGAAAUAUUCAAUCCUCUACUCGGACACAUGCCUAGCGGCACAAGCCAUCGUACGUUUGAUGCUAGAUCUUACCGAUGGGUGCGACGAAAUGAUGCCGGUGGAAUUGUACGAAGGCAGCGUGCCACGGUUCGAGGAUGUGUAUGCCGUGUUUAACAUUCUUACGGCUAACAUAGCGGUGGCCCGGCAACUCAUCACCAUCCGACCGGUGCAUCGCAAGCAGCAGGAAAACUUUGAUCGCGUGAUGAAAUGCCUUACGCACCUGAUGUAUCUGAUGCUGGCUACGGCCAAGACGGAGUCGGAUCGGAACGCUAUCUACCGCUCGGUUCAUACGCUCGUGCACAGCAAAGUGUGCAGCGCCAUCACCAAUGAUACACUGCUGCAUCUGUCCGUGUCACGGUUGAACGUGAUCAAGAGUGGAUACUUCAGUGACGAAUCCACCUCGCUGCGGGUCGUUUUCCCGUGCCUGAAGGUGGCCAAGCUUCUGUUAGACUGUGGGGCCGAUGUGAACGCAAAAAAUGAAUCCAAAUCGACACCACUGCUAGUUGCUGCUAUGCCUUACAACUACGAUCGCGAUGUGAUUUACACGUUGCUUGAGUACGGUGCACAUCUGGAUGAACCAAAUCGGCACGAUGAUCGCCCGUUAAACUUGCUGCGCAACAAUCCCAUCACCGACAUUCCGACGCUAAAUUAUCUUCCGCUCAAGUGUCUCUGUUCGACGGUGAUCGUGCGGUUUGGCAUACCGUACCGCAACCAAAUACCACGAACGCUAGAAGAAUUUGUCCAACGGCACGAGCCGUAAUAGAAGAAA